AAUUCCUUGUUUACUUCCGGGUUUAUUAAUACUGAAGAGAACGUGAGUAGGUUAGAAUUUUUGUUGAAAAGGUUCGCGGUCUCGGUUUGUCCUCUGCUCCAGAGACCAAUGUAGAGUUGAUAUCCAGGACGAGGAAAGACUGCGGUGCCCGGAGGAGCUGCCUCUCCAGAGUGCUGUCAGUUUCGCAGGCCGGACCAUAGAGGUGAGCCAGAAUAUCUUCCAGCGCCUGAGACCCCGCGCCCACUCCGCCCCGCAGGCUUUCAUCCUCGCCAUGGCUGAACUGAUCCAAAAGAAGCUUCAGGGAGAAGUGGAGAAGUAUCAACAGCUGCAGAAGGACCUGAGUAAAUCCAUGUCCGGCAGGCAGAAGCUUGAGGCACAGCUAACGGAAAAUAAUAUCGUGAAGGAGGAACUGGCCCUGCUGGACGGGUCCAACGUGGUCUUUAAACUGCUGGGCCCCGUGCUGGUCAAACAGGAGCUGGGGGAGGCUCGGGCCACAGUAGGGAAGAGGCUGGACUACAUCACAGCCGAAAUUAAGCGAUAUGAAUCCCAGCUCCGCGACCUGGAGCGGCAGUCAGAGCAGCAGAGGGAGACCCUUGCUCAGCUGCAGCAGGAGUUCCGGAGGGCCCAGGCUGCCAAGGCAGGGGCUCCUGGGGAGGCCUGACCCCACCCUGGGGAGGGGAUGAGGCAGCUCCUGGGUCUGUACGGUGGUGGGUAAUAAAAUGUGAAAGUGG